CCUCGAACGAAAAACUACAGCGUUGUGUUGCAAGAACAUGUCUGUAAGUGUUGAAGGUAUUGCAAUUUGCCUAAUGUUCACCCUAGUUGUGAAUAUCACUGCUCAGCUGGUUCAACUAGACGAUAAUUACGUGAACCGAGUUGUCGGGGGACAUGAAGCAGCAAAUGGAUCCGCCCCACACCAGGUAUCGCUCCAGCUGAAGGGUUUCGGGCAUAUCUGUGGUGGAGCUAUCAUCUCCAAUCGAUGGAUAUUGACGGCGGCGCAUUGUGUCGAUGGAGAGACACCUGGUGAAAUAAAUGUUCUAGUCGGAACCAACAGUCUCAAAGAAGGAGGCCAGCUCUACGAAUCGGAAAAGUUCAUCCAGCACAAACAAUACAAUGAUCCACAGUUCAGUAACGACAUCGCUCUGAUACGACUGAAGUCGGAGCUGCAGCUGGCAGCAAAUGUGAGUAUCAUCGAGUACUCCGAGCGAGAAAUUGGUGCUAAUCUUUCGGUGAAAUUGACGGGAUGGGGAAGGACUUCGAUGGGUGGUCCCAUCCCGACGCAGCUACAAACAAUCGACCUAAAGACGCUCAGUCAUGAAGAUUGCAAGCAACGAACGGUUAAUGCUGACAUUGGUCAUAUUUGUACGCUAACCAGAAGCGGCGAGGGAGCUUGCAAUGGUGAUUCCGGAGGACCACUAACUUAUGAUGAGAAACUGGUUGGAGUGGUCAAUUUUGGUGUACCAUGUGCUCUGGGAUAUCCUGACGCAUAUGCUCGCGUAUCGUACUAUCAUGAAUGGAUUAGAACGAAUCUAGCUGAAAACUCGUAGAUGCCCAUCAUAAUUGGGUUAACGCAGCUUAGCUAACAUAAGUUUUAUUAGAAAUAAAUGUAGUUUUCUGUGUGCAAAUGUAUCAACACUUGAUUACUUGAUUGAAUGAUUACUGACUAAUCGGUUACACAUUUGUAUAUUCAAACUGUCACUAUAAGUCAAGACCAGGCUCUUAUAAUUUCACUUCAAUUGAUACAUCGUCACCCGAUAUUGGUUCUAUCACUUUUUUAUUUCAUGCAAACUCAUGCAGGCUGAAAAUAGUGCUACUCUCUCUUCACGCUCAAUUAAGAGAAUAUCACUUCACUUUCGUACAGCCUUGUUUUAUUUCACCUUCAUUUCUUUCAUUCUUC